AUGAUGUAAACGCAACAAUGCAGCUGCAGUGAAGAAUGAGAAAAUACUAUAUGACAUGCAUUUUCUGUAAUGGUUUGUGGUGAAAAAAGCUUCUUAACUUCUAGUUUGUGAUGAGUCUGUGAAUCUAACUGAAGCGUGAGCAUCUGUCUGUCAGCAGGAUGCAGAAACCUGAGAAGCUCUUAUGCGGCAGAUAAAUAGAGGUGUGUUAAAGCGUCAGGAAUUUAAGGCUAUUAAUGUCUCCACCCUCACCCUGAUACACCCAGAUGAUUUUUGGCUUUGCCUUUGUUCCCACUGAUUCACAAGCUGCUGACAUGGUUUGCCUUCUCACCCUUUUUGCAUCAGUUUUCUCAGCUUUUAUUGUCUCAGGAGACAGUGUGGAGCUAAAUGACAACCAAAAUGUCAUUAAUGUUGCAAACUUUGCCAUGGAUGUCCACAAUCGCAUGAGUAGCUAUCCGUACGCCUUUAAAGUGGUGGAAAUCAUCUCAAACACAGCUCAGCUCUAUCCUCCUGCACGGGUUAAAUACAUGCUACAGAUAAAAGCUGCACAGACGGUCUGUGAGAAUCACAGCAGUGUGAAUGUAACAGACUGUGCUUUACAGUCUAAUGCAGAGAUCAUGACCUGUUCCUUCACUAUUAUUGCAGUGCCAGGAAAUUAUUUUAUUCCCAAACAUCUGCUGUCAGAUCAGUGUGUCUGACUGGAUCUGAGGAUUGUGAUGCUUAGAAUGUUGUCUGCAAUAAAAGCUUUAUUUAUGCCUUAA